CUAUAUGGAAAGGAUUAUGGUCACGGGAAGAAACCCCCCGCCCCCCGAUCUUGACGCUCCUCACAUACCGUGACUACAUCGACGCGUCUAGUAGUUUAUAUCACACUCAAGAAGCUCUUCUCAACCCACUCAUUCUGUGCGAUAACUCUGUAUAGCCCUUUUGUCAUGAAUAAUAGUCUACUUUUCGCUGGUUUCCAAAUGCCUAUCUGUGUUUCACUCUGAAGGAGGGCGAGUCCAGCUGUAUAGAGAUUUACGCCGCUGGAUCUUGAGCCGUGCUUCGGAUAAAUCUACACAGAACCACUUGAAUAACAGGGGAACCGACUGAAAAGCCAGCGCGCGCAAUAAAAAAAAAGAAGCUGUUUCCACCCCAAGGUACCAUGCAAAAAAUGAACGGAUUUCAUGCAUAAUUUCGACCUUCUUUAUAUUCCGAUGUACUGUUGGUGUGCAGUUCUUGUUUUCUAUUUUGAGUUUUAAUUUCGGCUUUUUAUAAUCUUCCAUGCACCAAAAAGGAAAUGCCUGCGUCUUAAAAGUUUCGUAUAAAUCAGAGGCAGGUUUUCUGCGAUGCGCUCGAGAACUGUCCACAGUCGGUGGUGCUGAGCACAAAAACCAGGAAGACGGGUUCACAGAAAACGCGACGCACGCGGGCGUCCACGCCGGGCUGAAAGUUACGGAUGACAAACGUCUACCCCUACCGGACUUGUUGAAACGAUGCCUAGAUGCUCUGUUCAAGGAAGCCGAUUUUGUUCGGACCAGGAGAUUUAGAGGGAGGCUGUGGAUCCCCGGGCAGCGACAGGACGGCUGACCGCCGACAUGCCAGCCAACCUCACCGGUUCCAACCAAACCGUGCCCCCGAACACUGACUACAACUUUCCCGCACUGGUCUUCGGGAUAUUGCUCAUCAUCGUUAUCAUUUGUGGAAAUCUGCUGGUGUGCCUUAGUGUAUACACGGAAAAAGCUUUAAAAACUACAACCAACUACUUCAUAGUCAGUUUGGCUGUUGCAGACCUGUUGUUGGCAGUACUGGUGUUGCCACUCUUCGUUUACGCGGAGUUCCAGGGUGGCGUGUGGGCCCUUAGCAUGUUUAUCUGCGAUGGACUGAUGACGAUGGACGUGAUGCUGUGCACCGCUUCCAUAUUUAACCUCUGCGCCAUCAGCAUCGACAGGUUCAUCGCCGUGUCCAUCCCGCUAAACUACAACCGGAAGCACGUGGAUCAGCGGCAGGUGCUGCUCCUCUCCGCCACCUGGAUCUCCGCCCUGGCUGUGGCGUCGCCCGUCAUUUUCGGGAUCAACGACGUCCCGCAGCGGGACCCCUCCACCUGCAAGCUGGAGGACGACAACUACGUGGUGUACUCGUCGGUCUGCUCCUUCUUCAUCCCCUGCCCCAUCAUGCUCCUGCUGUACUGCGGAAUGUUCCGGGGCCUGAGGAGGUGGGAGGAGGCGCGCAAGGCCAAGCUGAGGGGCGGCGUCCAGGCGCGCACCAAACUGCAGCGCGCCGUCACACUCCCCCACCUCACCGUCCCGCCCCAGGCCCCGCCCCCUUCGCCCCCCGUCGUCCAGCGCGACCCCGCCGACGUCAGGCUGGACGAGCUGGCCCGUUUCCCCGCGGGGUACAAGGACGGCCCCAUCCAAACCCUGGCCUACCCCGACAGGCGGUACGCCCACGGCCACGCCCACGGUCAUGGCCACGCCCACCCUCAUGGCCACGCCCACCUCAAAAAGAAAAGGGCCAAAAUCAAUGGCAGGGAGAGGAAAGCCAUGAAGGUUCUGCCAGUCGUAGUGGGUGCCUUCCUGUUCUGCUGGACCCCCUUCUUCGUGGUGCACACCAUGCGGGCGCUCUGCCGGUCCUGCAACAUCACCCCCCACCAGAUGAGCAUCGUCACCUGGCUGGGCUACGUCAACAGCGCGCUCAACCCCAUCAUCUACACCGUCUUCAACACCGAGUUCCGCGGCUUCUUCCAGAAAUUUCUGCACAGCUUCUGCUGA